AUGCCUAAAUGUUUUGUUUGGUUGAUGUUUUCGAUUGCAGGUAAGGUUCACGGAUCUCUCGCACGGGCUGGAAAAGUGAGAGGACAAACUCCUAAAGUGGCCAAGCAAGACAAGAAGAAGAAGCCACGCGGACGCGCUCACAAGCGAAUGCAAUACAACCGUCGAUUCGUCACCGCCGGUAACAUUAUCUUCGUCUCUCUUUUCUAUGAUUUUCAUAUUGGUGGGAUUCGGGAAGAAGCGUGGACCAAACUCGUCGGAGAAGUGAGGGGCGUAAUUUAG